CUGCCCUACCCCACCCAUCCCGGCCUGGCUAGUGCACCCUAGGGAAAGAGCUCUCUCGCCGGGCAGCUGGACCAAGGGAGCCUGCCUUAGGGACCAGAGGGCCCAUCCUGACCAUGGUCCCUGCCUGGCUGUUGCUGCUUUUCCUCUCCGUAGCCCAGGUUUUCGCCAAGGUCCAGUCUGCAGAAUUGUAUGUGGAAGUCCCAGAAAACUAUGGUGGAAAUUUCCCCUUGUACCUGAUCAAGCUGCCACUGCCCCCUGAGGAGACUGAGGGUGAGAUUGUGCUGUCGGGGACCCAUGACAUGGCAGCUGAGGGCCCCUUUGCUGUGGAUCCGGAGUCUGGCUUCUUGCUGGUGACCAGGGCCCUGGACCGAGAGGAACAAGCGGAGUACCGGCUAAAGGUCACCCUGGAGACUGAGGAUGGACGUGUCUUGUGGGGCCCGCAGCCUGUGCUUGUGCGUGUAAAGGAUGAGAAUGACCAGGUGCCUCACUUCUCUCAGUUCAUCUACAGAGUUCAGCUGAGCCAGGGCACCAGGCCUGGUGAGUGCCCAGGGCCACCAGUGAACAACGGGUCAGGCAUUCCCUUCCUCUUCCUUGAGGCUUCGGACAAGGAUGAGCCGGGCACAGCCAACUCAGAUCUCCGAUUCUACAUCCUGAACCAGGCCCCAGCCCAGCCUUCCCGAGACAUGUUCCAGCUGGAGCCUCGGCUGGGGGCUCUGGCCCUCAGCCCUGAGGGAAGCACCAGCCUAGACCAGGCUGCGGAAGGGCCCUACCAGCUGUUGGUACAGGUCAAGGACAUGGGUGACCAGGCUUCGGGCCACCAGGCCACAGCCACCAUAGAUGUCUCCAUAGUAGAGAACACCUGGGUGCCCCUGGAUCCUAUCCACCUGGCAGAGAAUCUCAAAGUUCCAUACCCACACCACAUUGCCCAGGUACACUGGAGUGGGAGAGAUGUGCGUUAUCACCUGGAGAGCCAGCCCCCUGGACCCUUUGAUGUGGAUGCAGAGGGGACACUCCACGUGACCGGGGAGCUAGACCGAGAAGCCCAGGCUGAGUACCUACUCCAGGUGCAGGCUCAGAACACCCGCGGUGAGGACUACACAGAGCCUCUGGAGCUGCGCGUGGUAGUGGCGGAUGAGAACGACAACGCACCUGUCUGCCCCCUACGUGACUCCCCAGUCAGCAUUCCUGAGCUCAGCCCCCCAGGCACCGAGGUGACUAGGCUGUCGGCAGAGGACAUGGAUGCCCCCGGUUCCCCCAAUUCCCAUAUCGUGUAUCAGCUGCUGAGCCCUGAGCCUGAGGAGGGAGCAGACGGAAGGGCCUUCGAGCUGGACUUCACCUCAGGCAGCGUGACACUGGGGGAUGCCCCCCUCCGGGCCGCCCAGAACAUCCUGCUUCGGGUGAUGGCCGCUGACCGAGGAGGAGCUGAGGGCAGUAGGUGCCCCGAUGGCGACCCGGGCUCUCUCCCUCCCUGUUCCUUUCCUGGUCUCUCCAACAUGCCCUCUCCCGCCUCAGGCCUCAGCAGCACAUGUGAGGUUGCCGUCACAAUCACAGACAUCAAUGACCAUGCCCCCGAGUUCACCGUUUCCCAGAUUGAGCCUGUAAGCCUCCCUGAGGACGCAGAGCCAGGGACUCUGGUCGCCACGCUCAUGGCCACUGAUGCUGACCUUGAACCUGCCUUCCGCCUCAUGGACUUUGCCAUUGAGGCGGGGGAUGUGGAGGGGACCUUCGGCCUGGAUUGGGAGCCAGACUCCAGUCAUGUUGAACUCCGACUCCUCAAGAAUCUCAGCUAUGAGGCAGCUUCAAGCCACAAGCUGGUGGUAGUGGUUCGGAGCGUGGCAGAAUUGGUGGGGCCAGGCCCAGGCCCUGGAGCCACAGCCACAGUGACUGUGCUGGUGGAAAAGCUGGUGCCACCCCCCAAGUUGGACCAGGAGAGCUACGAGGCCAGUGUUCCAGUCAGCACCCCAGCUGGCUCCCUCCUGCUGACCAUCCAACCCUCAGACCCCAUAAGCAGUCCCCUCAGGUUCUCCCUGGUCAAUGACUCAGAGGGCUGGCUCUGCAUCAAGGAGGUCUCUGGCGAGGUGCACAUAGCCCGGCCCCUGCAAGGCGCCCAGCCUGGGGACAUGUACACAGUGCUCGUGGAGGCCCGGUAUGAAGAUGAGCCGACCCUGAGCACCUCUGCAACCCUUGUGAUCCGCUUUCUGAAGGCCCCUUCUGCCUGGGCCCCAACCCUGAACCCUGUACCCACCCGACACCUCUGCACACCCCGCCAGGACCAUGGCGUGGUUAUCAGUGGACCUGGCGAGGACCCUGACCUGGCUGGUGGGCAUGGUCCCUACAGCUUUGCCCUUGGCCCCAACCCGACGGUGCGGCGGGAUUGGCACCUCCAGGCUCUCAACGGUUCCCAUGCCUACCUCACCCUGGCCCUGCACUGGGUGGAGCCACGUGAGCACAUCGUGCCAGUAGUUGUCAGCCACGAUGCCCAGACGUGGCAGCUCCUGAUCCGAGUGAUUGUGUGUCGCUGCAACAUGGAGGGGCAGUGCAUGCGCAAGGUGGGCCGCAUGAAGGGCAUGCCCACGAAGCUGUCGGCAGUGGGCAUCCUCGUGGGCACCUUGAUGGCAAUAGGCAUCUUCCUCAUCUUCAUCUUCACUCACUUGACCCUGGCGAGGAAGAAGGACCUAGAUCAGCCAGUGGAGAGCGUGCCCCUGAAGGCGGCAGUUUGAAUGGUCCAGGCAGCCCCAGCUGGGAACUUGGCCUCUGCCUCCCUCUGAGUCCCCUGGGAGAGGGCCCAGCACGGGGGCCUAGGACAGAGUAGGAGCCUCUUCACCUGCCCUGGGUUGGAGGCAACAUCACCUGACAAGUCUGUACAGCCUAAACCCUGACUUUAUGGGCUGCCCGUGGGAGUGUUCCACAUGGGGCCACGUUUGUCCACCAAUAAAGCCUCGGAGAGCAGGGCAUGGGCUGUGCCUGCAUCUCAGAGUCAUGUGAGUGUGUACAUUA